AUGUAUAAUAAUCAUUUUGAACUGGUUGGUGAUGACCUAUUCGUUAAUUUUUUGAUGGAUUAACCUCAAAACAAUUUUCCUCGUGUUAAUAGUGAUUCCAAUAUCCAUUAUCCAAUAUUGGAUUAUGAGGGUCCACCAUAAUAGGAAUUCCUAGGAGCCAAUUAACAUCAACCAUAGGAUCUGAGUAAGAAACAAUAGAAAAAAAAGAAGAUCGAUGAAACAAUGCUCAAUAACAAAAACAACCUUAAGAAUACUUAUAUAAAUAAGAUCACCAAUUUAAUUUAAGAGACAAAAUCGAACGUGGCUCCCAAAUAUGAAAGGAAGGCAUCUAUUUACACAGAAGAUUCAGCUUAAGCCAAACUCAUUCGCAAUAGAGAGUGUGCUAGAAAUUCAAGAAAAAGAAAGAAGAUCUACAUCGAAUUAUUAGAGACUAGAGUUAACUCUUUAAACGAAGAACUCGAGAAAUGUAAGAGAAUAAUAAAAGGACAAGCCAGUUGUUAAUAGCAAUUGGGUUCAAAUCAAUAGUUAUAAAACUUUUUUUUGGGUAGGUAACAAUUGUUUGAGAAGCUUGAAAAUGCCAUUAAAAACCAUACAGAUAACAAUGAAAUUAAUCUUCUCUUAGAUUCGAUGCGAUUUAGAGUGGGGGGAGGAGGCAAAGAAAGAGUGAGUGCUUCCAACUAUUUCUUUUAAUAAAUUAUGGAAAUCUGUUUCCCUAUUCAUGUAAGAUACAUGUUGUGGGCAGCCAGUUCUGAGAGCCAAGAACCCGCUUGGUUUACUAAUUUAUCUAAAGAAAUCAAUCUCACUGAAGUCUAAAACAAAUCCUUAAAAAAACAAUAUAAAAGAAUUCAAUCAGACAAAGACAAACUGGAAUAGUAUUUCAAUAUAUUUAUCAUAUAGAUUAAUCAAAUAAUUCUAAACUGUUAAAGAUAAUUUGUAAUCAAAAACUCACCAACUUGA